AUGGCCUGGUCGGCAUCUCUGGUGCUGGGCAGUGCUGUGGUACAAGUAAUGCCAGCACUCGUGAGUAAGAACUGUUAUCGUAACGAUAUAGGAAAAUUUGUGGGAAAUUACUGGAAGGGUGCAAAUUUGCACUACAGUACAGAAGUUCAGCAACAGGUUCACCCAAACCUUUCAGCAAAAGAAGAUUCUCUCUAUUACAUUGAAGAGUUGAUACUUCAGCUGCUAAACAAACUAUGCAUUGCUCAGCCACGGACUGUCCAAGAUGUAGAGGAGCGUGUUCAAAAGACAUUUCCUCAUCCAAUAGACAAGUGGGCGAUUGCUGAUGCGCAGUCUGCUAUAGAGAAACGAAAAAGAAGAAACCCUCUCCUGCUACCUGUGGACAAAAUACAUCCUUUAUUAAAGGAGGUCCUAGGUUAUAAAGUAGAUUACCAUGUCUCUCUGUAUAUUGUGGCUGUCUUAGAAUACAUCUCAGCUGACAUUUUAAAGCUGGCUGGAAACUAUGUUUUCAAUAUACGACACUUUGAGAUCUCCCAGCAGGACAUUAAAGUAUCAAUGUGCGCUGAUAAGGUUUUGAUGGAUAUGUUUGAUCAGGAUGACAUUGGUUUGGUUUCUCUCUGUGAAGACGAGCCCUCUUCUUCUGGGGAACUCAACUACUAUGACCUAGUGAGAAAUGAAAUUGCAGAAGAAAGGCAAUAUCUGCGGGAGCUGAAUCUGAUAAUAAAAGUAUUUCGGGAAGCUUUCCUAUCAAACAGAAAAUUGUUCACACCUAAUGAUAUCGAUGUGAUAUUUAGCAACAUUUCAGAUAUACAUGAGUUGACAGUGAAACUUCUAGGAUUGAUUGAGGAUACUGUUGAAAUGACUGAUGAAAGUAGUCCUCAUCCUCUGGCUGGCAGCUGCUUUGAGGAUCUUGCAGAGGAGCAAGCCUUUGAUCCAUAUGAAACCUUGUCCCAGGAUAUUCUCUCUCCACAAUUUCACGAGCAUUUUAAUAACUUAAUGGCAAAACCUGCUGUUGCUCUCCACUUUCAGUCUAUUGCUGAGGGGUUUAAAGAAGCUGUACGAUACGUCCUCCCACGACUCAUGCUUAUCCCAGUCUAUCAUUGUUUGCACUACUUUGAAUUACUACAGCAAUUGCAGGAAUGCAGUGAAGAUGAAGAGGAUCGGGAGUGCUUAAAACAAGCCAUCACUGCUCUUCUGAAUCUGCAGUGCAGCAUGGAGCGCAUCUACAGCAAACACUCCCCGAGACGUCGGCCUGGGGAGCCUGUCUGUCGCUUCUAUAACCGACAAAUAAGAAGCAAGCACUUGGCCAUCAAGAAAAUGAAUGAAAUCCAGAAAAAUAUUGAUGGCUGGGAAGGCAAAGAUAUUGGGCAGUGCUGUAAUGAAUUCAUAAUGGAAGGUGGCUUGACGAAAAUAGGAGCCAAACACGAACGCCACAUCUUUCUCUUUGAUGGUUUAAUGAUCAGCUGUAAAACUAAUCACGGUCAGUCACGGCUUCCCGGUUACAGCAAUGCAGAGUAUAGGCUGAAGGAAAAAAUUAUCAUGAGGAAAAUACAGAUUAUUGAUAAAGAUGACACAUCUGAAUAUAAACAUGCUUUUGAACUGGUGUCUAAAGAUGAAAACAGUAUAUUGUUUGCUGCCAAGUCUGCUGAAGAGAAGAGUAAUUGGAUGGCCGCUCUCAUUUCCCUCCAGUAUCGCAGUACUCUGGAUAGGAUGCUUGAUUCAGUGCUACUGCAAGAAGAAAAUGAGCAGCCACUGAGGUUGCCCAGCCCAAACGUGUAUCGUUUUGUAGUGGAGGACUCUGAAGAUAACAUUGUUUUUGAGGACAACUUGCAAAGCAGGAAUGGCAUUCCUAUCAUCAAAGGAGGAACGGUUGUGAAAUUAAUUGAAAGGUUAACGUACCAUAUGUAUGCAGAUCCUAAUUUUGUACGUACUUUCCUUACCACGUACCGCUCCUUUUGCAAGCCCCAGGAACUGCUGAGUUUACUGAUAGAAAGGUUUGAAAUCCCAGAGCCUGAGCCGACUGAAGCAGACAGACUGGCAAUCGAGAAAGGAGAGCAGCCGAUCAGUGCAGACCUUAAGCGAUUUCGCAAGGAAUAUGUCCAGCCAGUACAACUCAGAAUAUUAAAUGUUUUUCGUCACUGGGUAGAGCACCAUUUUUACGAUUUUGAAAGAGAUCCGGAGUUACUAGAGAGAUUGGAGACGUUUAUUUCCAGUGUAAGAGGAAAAUCCAUGAAGAAGUGGGUGGAAUCAAUUGCUAAAAUCAUCAAGAGGAAGAAAGCUCAAGCAAAUGGAAUUAGUCACAACAUCACCUUUGAGAGCCCGCCUCCCCCCAUCGAGUGGCACAUUUGGCGCGUUGGGCACAGCGAAAUGCUGGACCUCAUGACUCUGCAUCCCAUAGAAAUUGCUCGACAGCUGACACUCCUUGAGUCUGACCUUUAUAGGGCAGUACAGCCUUCUGAACUCGUUGGUAGCGUGUGGACUAAAGAAGAUAAGGAAAUUAACUCCCCAAAUCUAUUGAAAAUGAUUCGUCAUACUACAAACCUUACUCUUUGGUUUGAAAAGUGCAUAGUGGAAACCGAGAACUUUGAAGAGCGAGUGGCUGUGCUGAGUAGGAUUAUAGAAAUCCUGCAGGUUUUUCAAGAUCUGAAUAAUUUCAAUGGUGUUUUGGAGAUCGUCAGUGCAAUGAACUCUGUGUCCGUGUACAGACUAGAUCACACAUUUGAGGCACUACAGGAAAGAAAAAAAAGAGUUUUGGAUGAAGCAGUAGAAUUAAGUCAAGAUCAUUUUAAAAAGUAUCUAGCUAAACUCAAGUCAAUCAAUCCACCCUGUGUGCCUUUCUUUGGAAUAUACCUAACAAAUAUUUUGAAGACAGAAGAAGGGAAUCCUGACUUCCUUAAAAGACAAGGGAAAGAAUUAAUUAACUUCAGUAAGAGGAGAAAAGUGGCUGAAAUUACAGGAGAAAUUCAGCAGUAUCAAAACCAGCCUUACUGUUUACGGAUAGAGCCAGAAAUUCGGAAAUUCUUUGAAAAUCUCAAUCCUAUGGGGAAGAUACCAGAAAAAGAGUUUACAGAUUAUCUGUUCAACAAGUCAUUAGAAAUUGAACCUCGAAACUGCAAGCAACCACCCAGAUUUCCUAGAAAAACAACAUACCCUCUGAAAUCUCCCGGGAUAAGGCCCAAUACCGGCAGACACGGCUCCACCUCUGGCACCUUGAGAAGUCAUCCACUGCCACUUGAAAAGGAACCAAGUAAGAUAAGUUUCAGUAGAAUCACUGAGGCAGAGCAUGAAUCAACAGUAUCGGCACCAACUUCUCCAAACACACCGUCUACGCCACCAGUGUCUGCUUCUUCAGAGUUCAGUGUGUUUUUAGACAUCGAUCUCAACAGUUCUUACGGUAACAAUAGCAUCUUCGCUCCCGUCAGUUUGCCACAGUCGAAGACUUUCUUCAGCUCAUGGGGUAGCUUUCCUAAAUUAAGUGAUGAGCCUCAAAACCCUCCUCCACUUCCGCCACGAAAAAAGAUGGAUCAGGAUGCUUCUAAUGCUAAGGGAAGUUUAAAGGCGGAUGACGAUCCUCCAGCAAUUCCACCUCGGCAGCCGCCACCUCCAAAGAUACAACCUCGUGCUCCUGCUUACACCACCCCCUUCGAGCAGCCGCUGCACAGCCCUCCUCCUCCACCCCCCCGGGACCCUCUUCCCGAUACUCCACCACCGGUACCGCUCCGGCCGCCCGAACACUUCAUCAACUGCCCCCUAAACCUCCAGCCGCCGCCGGUGGGACGCUCGCACAGAGAUCCCGAGUGGUUCCGGGAGGCGAGCACGGGCCCCAGCUCUCCCGGCACCCCUCCCAGCACCCCCUCUCCCAGGGUGCUGCGCCGCUGCUGCGUCAUCAGCACCAAUCACAACAACCUGGUCCACCCGGCGGCGCCCCCGGUCCCUCCCCGGCACAAUUCGAGCCCUCAGUUACCAAAACUGCCACCAAAGACUUACAAAAGGGAGCUCUCCCACCCUCCUUUGCACAGACUGUCUUUGCUAGAAAAUGCAGAAACUCCUCAAUGACCUUAGCCGUAGUAGUCAUUGACACUGGAAUAGUAUUUGUAAAGUUCCUUUUUUUUUUUUUAUUUAUUCAAAAAAGGCAGUGUAUUUUACUACUUUCACAAAUUAUGCUCUUAAAGUGCUGCUGAUCGGAGAGAAAAAAAAAAAAAGUUUAAAUUGGGAAAAUAAGACUCCACACACUCUAGCCUGCGUCUGUUUGACAGCAUUACCCUCAGGUGAUCAGCAGCAUUGCCUUGUUUCACCUCCUCAGUGCCGACAGUUAUGCCAGUAUACA